CUUUGAUAUAAAAAAAAAAAGUAAAGUACGAACAAUAAAGAUAGUGGAGGGAUCCUCUCGGGAACCGGGACCGUGAUUGGUCUCGUUGAGGCCGAGAGUGAGAGGAUGAUGAUGAUGCGAAGAAUCAUCUCCGAGAGAGCUACUUGUGUCUCUAAGAACUUUAUUCUCAGAUCCUCUGCUUCGCGGUUUCACGGCGAGUCUCUCGAUUCCUCCGUCUCACCCGUUCUCAUUCCCGGCGUCCAUGUCUUCCACUGCCAGGACGCAGUUGGAAUCGUAGCAAAGCUAUCAGAUUGUAUUGCAGCGAAAGGCGGAAACAUUCUCGGCUACGAUGUCUUUGUUCCUGAGAACAACAACGUCUUCUACUCUCGCAGAUGGUUUCUUUUUGGCAGUGAGUUUAUAUUUGAUCCGGUGAAAUGGCCGAGAGAGCAAAUGAGUGAAGAUUUUCAAGCUAUUGCGCAAAGAUUCGGUGCCAUGAACUCUGUUGUUCGUGUUCCUUCUAUAGAUCCCAAGUAUAAGAUUGCUCUUCUACUUUCUAAACAGGAUCAUUGUCUGGUCGAAAUGUUGCAUAGAUGGCAAGACGGAAAGCUCCCUGUGGAUAUAACAUGUGUGAUAAGCAAUCAUGAGAGAGCUUCAAACACUCAUGUUAUGCGGUUUCUUGAGAGGCAUGGCAUUCCGUAUCAUUAUGUGGCCACAACUAAAGAUAAUAAACGAGAAGAUGAGAUUUUGGAUUUGGUUAAAGACACUGACUUCUUAGUUCUCGCUAGAUACAUGCAGAUUCUAUCGGGUAAGUUCUUGAAAGGUUAUGGAAAGGAUGUAAUCAAUAUUCACCAUGGUCUCUUGCCAUCAUUCAAGGGCGGAUAUCCAGCCAAACAGGCGUUUGAUGCAGGUGUGAAGCUGAUUGGAGCAACAAGUCACUUUGUUACUGAGGAACUUGAUGCAGGGCCUAUCAUUGAACAAAUGGUUGAGAGUGUUUCCCACCGGGACAAUCUAAGGAGCUUUGUCCAGAAAUCUGAGGACCUCGAGAAAAAAUGCCUAACAAAAGCUAUAAAGUCAUACUGCGAACUACGUGUGUUACCUUAUGGAGCAAACAAGACUGUUGUAUUCUAAUAGAACAAGCAAAGACUAUUUGUUGUAUGAAUAACUCAAAAGAAAGUUAUAACAAUUCUCUUGAAGAUUUCUGAUUCA